AAUGGUCUGGGAGCAUACUAGGAGAGUAAAUUUUAUGGAUGAACGUUGUAUUAUGAAAGAGAAUGUUGUAAUGAUAUUAAGAGAAAUCUCAGGCGGAAGAAAGAAAAGUUAUGAGCUUAAAAUAACUGAUAGAAGCCAGCUUCUAUGGUCCUUAGUUUUCUCAGACGCAGAUGUUAAUGGAUUGAUUGAUGGCUGGGCCAAGAGAAAUAACAAAAGAGCUUAUGUGACACUUGUCUUUAAAGAAAAAACACUCACUCUUCUUGGGGGUAUCGACUAUGAUCUUUUAGAUUUGGAGGAAAUAUCAUCAAUUAUAAGACAUCGUUUUGAUAUUAAAUUUAUAUCUGAAAAAUUUAGACUUGAAGAUUCUAAUUUAAAAUCCGUCUGUAUUCAAAGAAUAAAAAAUAUUAUUUACUUUAUUGGAAUUCGAGAAGAAGGACCAAAAUGUUUUCAAACUUGUGCCAUUGAAAGCCUAUUAAAGAUUCCAGAAGCAGAUUUAGAGUCGAAAAAAUCUAAGAAACAAAUAAGAAUGCCAUUAAGCUUUUUCAAUAAUCGGGAAAAGAGUACUUUAAUAUUAAAGACAAGAAAAAUUACUAAGUAUUUCCACCUUAAAAACUUCAUUAAUAAAUUAAAUCCUGACGGUCAAGUUUCUAACGAAUUACCUUCUUGGAUAGAUUAUUGUAAUACAACCGAAUCAUCUGAGACGGAGCUUAGUUUUGAAAUUGAGAAUUCAUUAAGUAUUGAACAACAAACUGCAACAGAUUCUUCCGGAAUAAUUAGGUUAAAUAACGGCACUUUUUCCUACGAAAAUUCAAACUCAGACGGAAGUGAAAUUCCACCGGAAAACGACGUAGAAUGA